UAUCAGCACUCAACCUUGGAUCCAAACUACAAGAUAGAUCCCAAACAAAUCAUGUCCCACAACAUUCUCAUCACCGGUGGCACAGGCUACCUAGGCGGGUCUCUCCUGGCAGACCUAACCACCGCCAAUCUGCCCCCCUACGCACACCUCUUCGCCCUUGUACGGAACCCUUCUCAAGCAACAGCCAUGGAAACCCACUACCCCAAUGUCAUCCCCCUCACCAUCGACCUCACUUCCCCAGCCUCGAUAACUACCACCAUCGUCUCCCACAACAUUACUAUCAUCUACCACCUCAUCGACGCUAGAGACACCAACACUCCAACCUACUUCAUCCGUGGCCUCGCCGCCGUCCAGAAGUCUACAGGCAUACAAACGCACUUCCUCUUCACAACAGGCGCAAAGCUCUUCUCCUCCCACGCCGGCGCUCCAAGUACAGACCCACUGCCAGACUCUUCCCCGGAUAUGUACGAUCUCCAGAAACGCCUCACCACUUCCGCACCACUGGAAUUGGCCCGACAAGGAACGCUAGCAAACACUCUCGUCGUAGACGAAGCGUCGCAAUUAGGUGUACGAGCAUACAUCUUCGCCCCAUGCAUCGUCUACGGUGCCGGUCGCGGGGCAUUCGGAAACCGCAUCUCCAUCCAAACAGUCGCAGUCGUGAAAGCUGCCAAAGCCCUAGGCAAGGUCGUCGAUGUCAACGUCCCUGGAACAGAAUCCUCGUGGCCUGUCUGCCAUAUCGACGACAACACAGCGCUGUAUGUGGCGAUUUUGCGCGCGGCGUUGGAGGGGAGGGACGAUGUGCCUUUUGGGAAGGACGGGUGGUAUCUCGCUUCCUCGGGGAGCGUAGCAUGGAAGCAGUUUUAUGAGGGGGUUGCAAAGCCUAUGAAGAAGAUGGGUGUUGUGGAGAGUGAGCAAGUUGAAAGGUGGGAUGGGGAUGAGGAGGCUUUGAGGGGGAUGUGGGGGGCUUGGGGGCACCCUGGAGAACCGACGUUGGAGCUUGUUAGAAUGGUUAUAGGUGGGGAAUGCUCUAUGACGGCCGAAAACGGCCGAAAGAUCGGAUGGAAACCGCAGUAUGCACCAGAGCAUAUUCUGGAAACCGUCGAUGAAGAGGUUUCGUGGAUCCUGGAGAACUUGGAAUCCUAAAACUAUCAUCGUCGAAACUUUGUUUUGCAACCCCCAGAUCUCAGGCAGCAUGAUAAUCUACAUGUGUAUGUUAACUUAACGAAAAUGUUGUACCAGCUAGUUAGCGCGAUGAGGAUACCCGAAGAGAUAUCAUCUAGAUAGUUAGUCAUUCUUGCUCUAUGUAACCAAAGUUGAUCGAGCAGGAUGAGCUUUCUUAGUCUGUUAGAACUGAUUCUAUGGGCUCGAUGUGAU